AUUAAGUGGACAAAGACAGUAUUCCCAAGCAGAAGAAGACAAGCUUAUAGAGAAUAUAACAAUGAAGACAUUAGACAGAAUUGAGGAUCUGACAUCUGGGGUAUGGGCCAAAGUGAUCUAUCUGGAACAAGGGAGAGAAAUGGCUAAAGUUUAUGCAGCAGAGUUAUCUCUCCUUGUCACUGGAUCUAAUAAUCCUUUUGAUGGACUGGAACUUGGCCUCUCAUAUUUUUACAAUUCAGCUCGACUUGAGGAAACAGAAUAUAUCCUUGGAAAUUUGAAUCAGGGGAUAGAGCUACGCAGGGAUUCUGAUGGAAGUCUUUUAGCCAAAAGGAACUGCCAGUUGCCAAUUUGUGUGAAAAGGCAUGUAUCUCAGCCAGUGUUAUCAGCGGACCUGCUCAGAACACGGGGUGAACUCCUGCUGGAUCACUUUGUUAAGAUAUUUGACAUGCAAGAAUUUUACAGCCUCAUUAGCCUAGAAAUGAGGAAGCCAGUUUUCUCAAAAUCUGCCCUACAAAAGGCAAGUGUGACAGUGCUCAGUCUCGGUGGUUCGGAUCUUCCCAUCUUGCACAUGCCUUGUUUGAUUGCAGUUGUCAACAUCAACGCACUGAAUGUCUUGAAUAAUGAAGAGGAGCUUCAUUCCAUUUCUUUAAUGACUUCUCAGUUGACGCUGGACAAGGAGAAGAAAGAUGAAGAGACCAAAGAAGGACGGGAUGAAGCCAAACAUAGGAGACAACGAAAGCGUUGGUCAAGAACAGACCAGCGACCACUCUUGAAGAAACGAGAGGCCAACAGUAGAAAGCUUCGGGAGGAAUUGAGAAACAGAGGAGAAAAGAUCUCUGACUAUAUGAAAUACAGUUGGGAGGAAGAUGUUGAACACAAAGCAGUCAUCAACAUGGACAAACUGUAUGAGCAAAUGAGAAAACAAUCAACGGCCUCAUCAUCUCAGUCAUCAGGCCGAUCGACACCCUUGAAGAACUGGGCUAAGAUUAACGUGGCAUUGAGAGAAGCUACCAGGGAGCUGCAGAAAGCCGAGUUCGAAGAAAUGAAAGUUGUUGAACAUAAAAGCUUGUAA